AUGUGAAGGAUUUUCGCGCCACAUUUCUCUUUUGCUGUGCAGAGAUUUUUUUCAAGAAUAUUUGGAAUUAUUUUUAACUUUUUUUAAAACACAAUUUAGUCACUGUUUUGUGUCUUUGAUUCUUUAGGGUGUCAAAAUAGCUGUUAAAUGUUAUUUUACUGAGAUAAAUGACCUGGGUGAGGUCUGAUCUAAAGCUGUGUUUUUGUCAUCUUUCAGCCCUGAAACAGACGCAGGCUGAGCAGCGAUGUCUCCUGGCUCGGUGGCAUUGUGCCUCCUGCUCAUGCAGACUGGAGUUUACGGGUUCACCAUUGAGCUCGAUCUGGAGUUUUUAAUUAAUAUCGGUUUUCAGUUAAUUAGUGAUUUUUUUCGCAGUAAAGCAGCCAAUCAAAAGCAUGAAGACAUCACUCAGAGAGCGAUCUUAAAUACCACCCUGCAGGCGUGUCGUGCUCUGGCCCUGGCUGAUGGAAAAGACUUCACUUUUCCUUCUCAGCCUUUUACAGCCAAGUCUGUUGCUGCUGCCUGUCGAGCCCCAAAAUCAUCCAAGAGAUUCCGCCAAGCGAUUGAAUUCAUCCAACGAAGGAAUCGGCUCGUAGAUGCUCGUCAUGUCUCUGACCCCGAAUACCAUUUUGACAAUGAAAAGUUUGCAGAGGGAAGAAGAAUCAUCACAAGAGGACUGGAAAUUAUAAAGGCCAGCAACAAGGAAAUGAACUUUGAGGCAGCAAGAGAAAGACUUGGAGAAAUCACACACCCUCUACAGGAUUUCUACAGUCACAGUAACUGGGUGGAACUGGGAAACACUCUCCCAAACACCAAUCUGAUCAAAUCAGGCACCAGCAUUGGUAACAUAGCAGCUUUAAGCAGAGCAACCUGUCGCAGCUGUGAUGGAGAUGACUGCACCAACAACAUUUUGGAGGAUAUCAAACAGGAAAACAUACUUACCUCCGGAUAUUUUGGUUCUAGCAAACCAGAAGGAAAAUGCAGCCAUGGAGGAUCUUUUGAUAAAUCAAAAAAAAUCAAGCCUACAGGUGGGAUCAACAAAGAUAAGAUGAGUGCUGAGCAUGGACAUCUUCACACAGCAGCAGCAAACAUGGCGGCAGCUGCAACCAGCGAGCUGCUGGAGGACAUUCGAGGGGCUGCUGGUGACAAAACUUUCUUACAGAUGAUGGGAAUUUCCGGAAAAGCUCUUUGUUUUGCGAUCGACACAACAGGAAGCAUGAGUGACGACAUUGCAGCAGUGAGGACCAUCACUUCCUCUAUAAUCAACAGCAAAGUGGGAACAGAAGAUGAGCCCUCACUUUAUAUUCUCGUACCUUUCAAUGAUCCAGAUUUUGGGCCGCUGAUGAGGACUACAGACCCAGAUAAAUUCAAGAACGCUAUAAAUUCACUAUCAGCAACAGGUGGAGGAGAUGCUCCUGAACUGAGUCUGUCAGGGCUGCAGCUGGCUUUAACUGGCGCUCCUCCUAAUUCUGAGAUCUUCCUCUUCACUGAUGCAGCUGCUAAAGACAGUCGGCUGCUAAGCACAGUGAUUGCACUCAUAGAGCGCACCAAGACAGUGGUGAACUUCAUGAUUACAGGUGGAGGGCUAUUUCGUCGCAGAAGGCAGAUAGGUAACGAUCAACAACAGCAACAGAGUCGGUUAUCAGCAUCAGACCUUCAGCUUUACAGAGACCUGGCUCAGACUUCAGGGGGUCAGAGUAUUGAAGUCACAAAGAGUGAGCUCCCUGAGGCCGUCAGCAUCAUUACAGAGUCAUCCAGCUCCUCUCUGGUGACCCUCCUGCAGGCAGCUAGGACUCCAGGAAAGGCUGAAAAUUUCACCUUCACAGUUGACGAGUCAGUAAAAAACCUCACACUUUACAUCACUGGGACAUCAGUCACCUUUACUCUCAUCAGUCCAUCAGGUGUCUCUCAGCAAAGCACCGACACGACAGGAUCACUGAUCACUGCAUCCCAGACAGUGGGGAAUUUCAAGACUCUGAAGCUAAAAUCAGAAGUGGGACUGUGGGAAAUGAAAAUGGUGUCAACAAACCCCUACACUUUGAAGGUUGUAGGUGAGAGUUCCAUCGAUUUCCUGUUUGACUUUUUGGAAGCAUCCGAGGGCCUGUUUGGAGGUUUUGAUGUCAUAGACCAUCGACCCAGAGCUGGUUCUAAUGGUACUCUGUUAUUGACCGUCACCGGGAGUACCUCCGCCAAUGUGACAGAAGUGGUUCUGGUUGAAUCAUCAGGGUCAGGAAAUGUCAAUGGCAAUGUGACAGCUGUGGGUGGAGGAGACUACUUGGUACAGUUUAGCAGGGUACCAUCAGAGGAGUUUGUGGUGCUCAUGAGGGGGCAGAAUAGUGAUGGUUCCUCCAGAUCCUCGGGGACGUUCCAGAGGCAGUCAACCAGCAGCAUCAAAGCAUCGACUGUCACUGUCACUGUUGCUGAUACAAAUCGCGUCUUUGCACCAGGAGAAACAUUUUCACUUCCCUUCUCUGUGAAGACCAGCGGUGCAGGAGGAAACUUCACUAUCCGAGCUACUAAUGACCGAGGGUUUACAUCAACGUUCCCAUCCAGUUUAGUCCUGGACACUGGAGGCAGUGCUAACGGUACAGUGAACCUCACAGCACCUGUUACCACUACGUCUGGUACCGACGUCACCCUGACCAUCGAGGCUGAAUCUCCAGGUGGAGCAGACACCAACUACCUUGUGCUGCGUCUCACUGUCCUUAAAACGGUGACUGAUUUCACUGAGCCCAUGUGUGAGCUGCUCAGCCUGCAGUCCAACUGCACUGAAAACUGCAGCUUGUCCACAUGGAAGCUCUCAGUUCAGGUGACUGAUGGGGCUAACGGGACAGCUAUCGACCGUGUUAGCCUCAGACAGGGCAAUGGCACCAUGAACACCAGCCUGGCUGCUGGCAACGAGAACAUAACGCUGGUGUCCUACACUGCAUCUUGCUGUUCCCCUGAUGUGGAGCUGCUGGUUGUUGAUGGAGUGGGUAAUGUUGGCUCCUGUUCCUACAGCGUCAGGCAAACCUCCACCAGCAGCUCACAAGCCCCCCCACAGACUCCAACAGCAGCACCUGUUGGGUCUUUCUCCACCAAAGCUUUUCAGUCUUUUCUCCUUUGCAUUGUUAUCACCAUCCUUGGCCUCAAUUUACCAUUUGAGAUGGGAAUUAAUUGAGGAGGACUUAUUCAGAAACUCCCUUGACUUCAAAUACAUACUCAGUUGUCUGUUUAUUAAGAAUAUUUAGCUUUAAAUACUGCUAGUCUAAUAUACAAUUCAGUUUAACAACUGAGUGGCACCAUUGGAGGCAACUAAUCAGAUUACUGUCAGCUCAGUGUGUAAAAACUGGUGGAGUUACCCUUCACGGUUUACAUUCAGGAGGCUGUUGUUUGCUGUUUCUUUUAAUAUUUGGUCUACCUUUUUUUGAAAUAAAUAGAUUUAUGGGCAAACCUGAUAACCUGGCAACUGAGUGUAUGUACAACCAGGUAGUUAAUACUACUUCAGAACCAAUGCUGAAAUGUUUAAACGAUGAAAUGUGAAUUGCAUGUACUCUAUGCAUCGCAGGGUGAUUGAUGCCAUUGUUAAACUUACUUUAAAAUCAUAAUGGGGCUUUGAUUAUGUAAUGAUGAAGACAUAAUUCAGGGGAUCAUGUCAGUUUGAUUAUAAUACAUAAAUCAAAAUACAGUCACGAUUCUCUGAUAUUAAGUUGUAUUCUGAGUUGUUAAAUGUUUUUGAUCCUUUCGAGGGGCACUGUCGAUUUUUUUGCAAUUUACAUGUAUUGAUAACUUUUUUUUUGUUGACCACAUGUGAGAGGAUUGUAUCAUGAUGUGAUCCACUGACCACACUGUUGCCUGUACAAGCCUGAGCAUGAUUAAUGUUGCGACAUAAGUUUAAAAUGGACUCAGCUGACAUAAACAACCAGCAUCCAGCACGAUGCAGAAGUUCCCCAAAGACCCUUUAAAAAUGAGAGAGACACUUGAUUUGCGGCUUGUUUCCUGCACAGAAAAAUGUAACAGAUGAGACAAUAAAGCUGGAAAAAAAACAAAACGAGAACAUUCAUAAAU